AACCUUCAGUUGUCAUCUAGAGUUCGAACGGGCCUGAGUUAAGAAAAGUUACUGGCAGGAACUAUCCUACGGCACUUUUCUGAAAUGAUUUAAACAGUUGCUCGUAUAAUCAUUAAUUUAUAAAUUAAAUGGAAUAUAAACUCCUUUUAUUGAUAUUGAAUCUGUGAUAUUUGAUCUCUUUUUAAUUUUUUCUAAAAUGGAAUUCUUGUCGCGCAAAGUAAAGUCAAACGGACAUAUCGAGGGACGUCAAGUGAAUGGCGCGGGUGUCGACUCUAGCAAAACUAAACGGAGCGAGACCGCGAUGAGUCCGGCGCCCCCCGCGCACCGAGACAAAAGCAGCGCUGCGAUAGCUACUGGCAAGCAGUCGCAAUACGCCAGCGGAGGGAAGUGUACGCACGACGCCAUGGAACGUGAUCGCAUCGGAAUAUGGGGCUCUGGCGACGGACAGGCCACCAGCCGCGUCUCCGGCCUCGACCGGCUCAAACACCCAGGACUUAACAAGGGCAUGGCAUUCACGAUCGAAGAGCGCCAGACCCUCGGCAUCCACGGUCUGCUGCCAGCUCGCGUGAAGACCCAGGAGGAGCAGGUCCAAUUGUGCAAACUCUCCAUCGAGCGAUAUGAGAACCCGCUCAAUAAAUACAUCUACUUGAUGGGACUUUUGGACCGCAAUGAACAUCUUUUCUACCGCUUCGUGGGUGAGAACGUGGCUGAGAUGAUGCCGAUCGUGUACACGCCUACGGUGGGUCUCGCGUGUCAAAAGUUCGGAUUGGUGUACCGCCGUCCACGCGGCCUCUUUAUCACCAUUCACGAUAAAGGACAUGUCUACGAUGUUUUGAAGAACUGGCCCGAAACAGACGUCCGCGCCAUAGUAGUAACAGACGGCGAGCGUAUCCUGGGCCUGGGCGACCUUGGCGCUUGCGGCAUGGGCAUCCCCGUGGGCAAGCUGUCGCUGUACACCGCACUCGCCGGCAUCAAACCGCACCAGUGUCUGCCCAUCACUCUUGACGUCGGCACUAACACCCAGUCGAUGCUCGACGAUCCGCUGUACAUCGGGCUGCGUCAGAAGCGCGUGCGCGGCGCCGAGUACGACGAGUUCAUCGAGGAGUUCAUGCAGGCGGUGGUGCGCCGCUUCGGACAGAACUGUCUCAUACAGUUCGAGGACUUCGGCAACGCUAACGCCUUUAGACUGCUCGAAAAGUACCGCGGCAAAUACUGCACGUUUAACGACGACAUCCAAGGCACUGCUGCAGUUGCCGUUGCUGGACUGCUCGCCAGCUUGAGAGUUACUGGCAAGAAGCUGUCGGAGAAUGUAAUCGUGUUCCAAGGGGCUGGCGAGGCGUCGUUGGGUAUCGCCGAGUUGUGUGUGAUGGCUAUGAAGGCUGAGGGCACUCCCGAACCCGAGGCCCGCGCACGCGUCUGGAUGGUGGACUCAAAGGGACUCAUCGUCAAGAACAGGCCGGAGGGCGGACUCAACGAGCACAAAGAAAAGUUCGCCAAAGACCACCCUCCAGUGCGCACACUCGCCGAAGUCGUCGACGUGGCUAAACCUUCAGUUCUUAUUGGUGCUGCUGCGAUCGGUGGCGCGUUCACACCCGAGAUUCUGCGUAAAAUGGGCGCUUUGAACGCGAGGCCAGUCAUCUUCGCGCUGUCCAACCCCACCAGCAAGGCCGAGUGCACCGCCGAGGAGGCUUACAGCAACACAGAGGAGCGCGCGAUCUUCGCGUCAGGCUCGCCGUUCCCGGAGUACCGCACGAAGGACGGGCGUAUUUUGCGGCCGGGACAGGGCAACAACUCGUACAUCUUCCCGGGACUCGCGCUCGGCAUCAUCUGCGCCGGCAUUGUGGACAUCUCCGAUGACUUCAUGCUGCUCGCCGCUGAGGCUCUGGCUGAGAUCGUCUCUCAAGAAGACUUGGACUAUGGUAGUCUGUAUCCACCUCUCGAAGAGAUUCAGAAUUGUUCAGUGAAGAUAGCCAAGAAGAUCGUUGAACAUGCAUAUGCCACCUGCAAGGCGUCAGUCCAGCCGCAGCCGCUGGACACGGAGGCGUUCAUCCGCGCGCAGAUGUACGACUACCACUACAGCCCCGCCGUGCCGCGCGUGUACGCCUGGCCCGACCAGCGCCCGCAAAUCGACAUGAUCUAGCCAUAAUGUAUGUCCGGCAUUACCCUCGAACUUGGCUGACGCACUGCCGUGUCCCCAUGUUACGUAAUUCUAGGGAUAUCGUUAAUUUGGCUUUUUGCUAAUGGGGAGUAUGUUGCAUUCGAUUGUAAAAAGAAUAUUCGGUUUGCGUAAGUCGUGUUCGAUGUAAUGCCAUUUAUGUACGCCAUGUUCAGAAUAUUAGAAAGUCCACGUCGCAACUAGUAAGCCUGUGACGCCACCGAAUGGAUUACUAAUCGAUUUUGAACGGGUCGUACUAGUGUAUAACGCUUAUAUAUUUUGGUUCCUGUAAAUUUGUUCUUAUUUGUUACAUAUUCUUGUAUUGUAAAAGGGUUAAGAAAUAACAUGGAAAAGUUUAGGCUAGCGUAUGCAAGACGCUUAAGAAUAUUAUUGUGGAUUUGUUUUGUUAUUUUUAAAAGACAAUAAACAAUCUCAAAUGUUUUAUGGAAGUUAGAUAAUCACAUUCAGAAGCGAUGUUGUUUUAUAAAAUGACUAAGACAUCCACAGAAGCUAACACUUUCUUUGAAAUCUGCUUAAAUGAAAUUAAUUUAUUCUAGUGUUAUAAUAAAAUAUUCGCCUUGUGUAAUAUUUAAUAUUUUGUUAAAGGAUGAGCAUUUAAUGAUUUGCCAACGAAUGUUAUCAUUACUUAUUUAUUCAUCAUUCCAGAACCGUUAGUUUUAUAUUGUACUUAAGUUUUUAGUUUUGAUAUCUCAAAAUGUAUCUAAUAUGUAGUGAUGUAAUGUGAUUACAUGCAAUAAAGAACACCAUUUAUUCUGAAA